AUGACACAUCUAGGCAAUUACAAGCUGGUGUUCCUGGGAGAUCAGGCCGUUGGUAAAACCAGUAUCAUUACAUGUUUCAUGUACGGUAACUUUGACACUAAUUAUCAGGCUACAAUUGGAAUUGAUUUUUUGUCCAAAACAAUGCGUCAUGAAGAUACAACUUUUCGUCUGCAAUUGUGGGACACGGCUGGACAAGAGAGAUUCAAAAGCCUAAUACCAAGUUAUAUCAGAGAUUCUUCUGUUGCUGUCAUUGUCUAUGAUGUUGCUAAUAAGCAAUCAUUUAUUAACGCCUCCAAGUGGAUUGAAGAUGUUCGUGCAGAAAGAGGCAAUCAAGUCAUCAUUGCUCUCGUUGGUAACAAACCGAUCUUGUUCAUCGAAGGUAAGCAAAACUCAAAGCAAGUUUCAAUAGAGGAAGGAGAUAACAAAGCUCGUGAGCUUGGAGCUUUGUUCAUAGAGACUAGUGCAAAAGCUGGAUUCAACAUUAAGCCUCUGUUCUGUAAGAUUGCGUCGGCGUUACAGGGGACUGAAACACAAACUUGGACGAGACAAGAGGAUUUGGUGGAUGUGAACCUAAAGCCAAUGACCAAUUUAUCUCACUCAGAGCAGCAACAAGGAAACUGUUCUUGUUAA